AGGAACCAGACACUGCCAUUCCACAAAGGUCUACUGUGCAGAGGAAGUGUGCCUGGGAGGGGACUCGGGGCUCCAUCUCUGGUGGGAAAGAGCCAGAUCAGCUCAAGCCAGACCCUUCUGGAUCUCUCCCCUGAAAGGUACCCAGCCCUGAGGCCUGCUUCAGGAGUCUUGAGGAAAGCAGCAGGGGGUCUUGAAGUGGGCCUCUCUGAGUUCCCAGGAUCUUGGAAGGGGCCCAGGCAGCUUGUGGGAGGAGUCAGGAGAAGCUUAGACCAAGCAGUCCCAGCUGUUGCCUGUUCCCUGGAACUGAGGACAGAGAGGGUCCCUCAGGGACUCCCUGUGUACCUGCACCACAAUGGUACAGCCAAGGAGCUCAGCUGGGUGAGGACAGCGAACCCAAGAUGAAGGGCCUCCUCACACUGGCUUGGUUCCUGGCUUGCAGUGUGCCUGCAGUGCCAGGGGGCUUGCUAGAACUGAAGUCCAUGAUUGAGAAAGUGACUGGGAAGGAUCCAAUAGUCAACUAUGGCUUCUAUGGCUGCUACUGUGGCUGGGGCGGCGAAGGGACCCCCAAGGACGGUACUGAUUGGUGCUGUUGGAUGCAUGACCGCUGUUACGGGGAGCUGGAGGAGAAAGGCUGUGGCAUCCGGACCCAGUCCUAUGACUACAGAUUCACACAAGGCAUGGUCAUCUGCGAAUACGGGUCCUUCUGUCCGACGAGGCUGUGCGCCUGUGACCGGAAGCUGGUCUACUGCCUGCGGAGAAACCUCUGGAGCUACAAUCCUUAUUACCAGUAUUACCCCAACUUCCUCUGCUAAUGCCUUGUAUGGGCUGUGUCCUGGCGGUGCCUCCUACACUGGAGCCCCUCCCCCUGCUGUAGUCCUGAUUCAUGCCCCAGAGACCCAGGGCUACACUCUGUCCCCCAGAGUCCUAGAGAGGGACUCUGGUCCAGGUUUGGCAAACUCCCAGGAUGGCUGAGCCUGCACUUGUGAAGUUGGCUCUGGGCCCAGGAGCUCCCCCAGCUCUAGGCCAAAGCCGUGUUGACUUUUCUUUCAAUUUCUGGAACUGAACUGUCAUUAUUACCCUCCAGAGACCUUUUACUGGAGUAGAAGGCAAAUUAACUCUAUAAAUCUGCUAUGUAGAUAUUAAAUAAACCAAUUCUCAAGGCUAGUAAACACCCCCAGCAUUUCCUCUGAUGGGGCUGGGGUAGGAUUGCCUAACCCUUUCUAACCCCUGAGGCACCUGCAUGUCCUCAGGGGUAGAGGUGGGAACAGGUGGGAGCCUUCUUAGAAGCCUUUCAAAUUUUGUCUAACUUCAUCUUCUUAAACCUUGGCAUCCUUUAAGCCAGACCUGGGGCUCAUGCUUUUUCUAGAGGUUAGAGAGGGCAGCAUCCAGCCCUCAGCCCUGGCCUCUGGGUAGUCUGAAUUGUUCUGACUUUCUUCAAAAAUAUUAAACGAGACUCCAUCCAGGUGCAUUGUUAGUGCCCACCCCUCAUCACAGUGCCUGGGAAGUGGAGGAGGCAGGAGAGUCAGGAGUUCAAGGCCAGCCUCUGCUCCACAGCAAGUUUGAUGUUAGCCUAGACUACAUGAGACUAUGUCUCAAAGAGAACCAAUUAACUAAUUAAAAUGAGACUCCUAGCAUUCCCCCGGUGCAGAUACAGGGCUGCAGGGGUCCUGAGAUGCGUUCAACACUAAAGGAGGGUUUCUUCACUCACGUCUCCACAGUCUGUGCAGGACACAUGAGGUCUCUAUUCGGAGAACUCCAGUGUUCGAACAUUUUCUAAAUAAAGUGAAUUAUAUGAGA